CCUCUAGUCAGAGAGAGAGAAAGAGAGAGAGAAAGAGAGAGAGUUUGAUGCAGUGCAGCCUUCAUUCACUCAUCACUGCCCAUUUCUCGUGAAAAAGGCUUACGUUGCAAAAUAUUCUUUUCCUCUUCAGACCCGCAAAUCUCUCUUCAAAAGCACCUGUACCCAAACAUAGUACAUUGUCUCUUGUAUUUCUCUCUCUCCUCUUCCUUUCAUUCUACUUUAGCCUGUGCCCUCUUUUGCUUUCAUUUGUUUCUGCAAAAAACCUGAUCAUCUUCUUUGAUCUAAAAGCACCAUGCCCAACAACCCUUCAUUUCCUCUUUCACCCUAUGUUCUAUGAUACAGCCACUUAACUCUUUUGUCUCUUUCUUCUUGUUUUGGCUUUCUCUCCCACUGUAAUACCCUGGAAUCCUUUCUUUUCCUAAAUCUAGGGGUUGCUUAUUUCUUCUUCACUGCUUGGAGUCUGGCAACCUAUCUAAUGGGAUUUCUUGGAAAUGUUUAUCCUUAUUUGGGUUUUCAAUCUCCGGGUAAUCUCCAAUUUUGUAAACCGUGAAGCUUUGAUGAAUAAGAAAGUUGGUGUUUUUAGCUCCAAGCUCGCUGCUUUUGCCUCCAAAAUUUGAGAUUUGGAGACGGGAAAAAAGAAGGAAUCAUUGAAAAGUAAAGUGGGUUGUUAUCAGGAAAGUGAUGUUAUUGAAUCUUUGUAUCGAAGAAGAAUUAGCACUGUAAUAAAAGAUAAGUUCAAAUAAUGGCUUUUUUGUACUGGUCAUUUUUGCUAGUUGGGUUGCUAUCAAAAUCAUUUCUUGUGGGUGCUCAGCUCAAUGACCAAGCUACAUUGUUAGCCAUUAAUAAAGAGCUGGGUGGUUUAGUAGGUUGGGGUGACAACAACACUGACUACUGCAACUGGGAAGGCAUUCGUUGUGGCUUGAACCAUUCAUAUGUUGAAAGACUUGAUCUUUCUAGGCGUAUGCUUCGAGGUAAUAUUACUCUAAUCUCUAAUCUUCAAGCAUUGAAGCUGCUUGACCUUUCUUAUAAUAACUUCAAUGGACCAAUUCCUUCAGCUUUUGGGAAUUUUUCUGAGCUUGAAUAUCUGGAUUUGUCAUUGAAUAAGUUUGAAGGUUUUAUUCCGGCGGAGUUGGGUGGUCUUAGAAAUCUUAGAUCAUUGAACCUGUCAAACAAUUUACUUGUAGGAGAGACACCUCAAGAACUUGAGGGGCUAGAGAAGUUGCAGGAAUUUCAGAUUUCUAGCAAUAGAUUGAGUGGUUCUAUUCCACAUUGGGUGGGCCUCUUGACCAAUUUAAGGGUUUUCACAGCCUAUGAGAACCAAUUAAGUGGUAAGAUUCCUGACAAUCUAGGCUUGGUUUCUGAACUUAAAUUGCUGAACCUUCAUUCAAACCAGAUUGAUGGGCCAAUACCGAAGAGCAUUUUUGCCAUGGGGAAGCUGGAAGUGUUGGUUCUGACCCAGAAUGGACUCACUGGUGAUCUUCCUGAAGCAAUUGGUAACUGCAUAGGCCUUUCAAGUAUUCGAAUCGGGAAUAACAAACUUGUUGGUGUCAUUCCCAGGACAAUUGGAAAUGUUAGUAGCCUCACAUACUUUGAAGCAAAUAACAACGAUCUCUCCGGUGAAAUUGUCUCAGAGUUUGCUCAGUGUACUAAUCUUACACUGCUAAAUUUGGCCAAUAAUAGAUUUACAGGAAUAAUUCCUCUGGAGAUCGGACAACUUAUGAAUCUACAAGAGUUGAUUCUUUCUGCAAACAGUCUGUUUGGAGGUAUUCCAAGAUCAAUUCUUGGGUGCAAGAAUCUUAACAAGCUUGAUUUAAGCAACAACAGAUUUAAUGGCACUAUACCAAAUGAAAUUUGCAAUAUGACAAGAUUGCAGAGCUUGCUCUUGGGUCAAAAUUCAAUCAAAGGGGAAAUACCUCGUGAGAUUGGAAAUUGUGUGAAACUGCUUGAAUUGGAACUUGGUGGCAACUAUUUGAACGGAAGCAUCCCUCCUGAGAUUGGUCAUAUUCGCAACUUGCAGAUAGCUUUAAAUUUGAGCUUCAAUCAUCUUCAUGGUCAACUGCCUUCAGAAUUAGGGAAACUGGACAAGUUGGUUUCUUUGGAUGUCUCCUGUAACCAGCUAACUGGUAAUAUUCCACCAGCAUUUAAGGGCAUGUUGAGCUUGAUAGAGGUCAAUUUCUCAAAUAAUCUGCUUGCUGGCCCAAUACCCACAUUUGCACCAUUCCAGAAGAGUCCAAAUUCAAGCUUUCAAGGAAACAAGGGGCUUUGUGGGGAGCCAUUGAGCUUCUCAUGUGCAAACUCUAUUGGUUCUGACCGGGCAAACUACCACCACAGGGUUUCUUACAGGAUUAUACUAGCUGUUAUUGGUUCGGGUCUUGCAGUUUUUGUGUCAGUCACUGUGGUGGUUCUGCUCUUUAUGGUGAGGGAGAGACAAGAAAAGGCAGCAAAAAGUGUAGGCAUUGUAGAUGAAGGAACCAGUAGCCGACCAACAAUAAUAGCAGGGAAUGUGUUUAUCGAGAAUCUCAGGCAGGCCGUAGAUCUUGAUGCUGUAAUCAAAGCCACUUUAAUGGAUUCAAAUAAAAUCAACAAUGGAACUUUCAGCACCAUUUACAAGGCAGUUAUGCCCUCUGGAUUGGUUUUGUCAGUGAAGAGACUAAAGUCAAUGGACAGAACAAUAAUUCAUCAUCAAAACAAGAUGAUUAGGGAGCUUGAAAGACUAAGCAAGCUCUAUCACGAUAAUCUUGUACGACCUAUUGGAUUUGUCAUCUAUGAAGAUGUCGCUCUUCUGCUCCACCAAUAUUUACCCAAUGGCACACUUGCUCAACUUCUUCAUGAGUCCUCAAAGCAGUUAGAAUAUCAGCCUGACUGGCCCAGAAGACUUUCAAUGGCCAUUGGAGUAGCAGAAGGGUUGGCUUUCCUUCAUCAUGUAGCAGUUAUCCACCUUGAUAUCUCUUCCAGUAAUGUCCUUUUAGAUGCAGACUUUAAGCCAUUGGUCGGGGAGAUAGAAAUAUCAAAGCUUUUAGAUCCAUCCAAAGGUACUGCAAGUAUUAGUGCUGUUGCUGGCUCCUUUGGCUAUAUCCCCCCAGAAUAUGCGUAUACAAUGCAAGUAACCGCACCAGGAAAUGUCUAUAGUUAUGGGGUUGUGUUGCUUGAGAUCCUCACCACCCGCUUGCCAGUUGAUGAGGAUUUUGGUGAAGGAGUAGACUUGGUGAAAUGGGUUCAUGGUGCUCCAACAAGAGGGGAAACCCCUGAGCAGAUACUUGAUGCAAGGCUUAGCACUGUUUCCUUUGGUUGGAGGAGAGAAAUGCUUGCAGCUUUGAAGGUGGCUUUACUCUGCACUGACAGCACACCUGCCAAACGACCAAAGAUGAAGAAGGUAGUGGAAAUGCUUCAAGAAAUAAGGCAAAACUAAUUAACAAUUAUCACGAGAUCUCUGCUUUCUGAAUCAUUUAGCAAGGUUCUGUUGGAUGCGAAUCCAUAUGGGGGCUUCAAUUUUUAUGUUCAACUUCAUUUGAGAAAUUGUCUUAAAAACUGGAUAGUAUGGGAGUCAGUGAGGUAAGUGUUCUUGGAUCAAAGGUCUGCCUGGUUUGGGUUGGAAACCUUGUGUGUAAAAACACUUUGUAAUCUGAGUCAGAGAUGCAGACAGCAUUGUUUGUUAUUGCGAGGAGGGGCUCAGUCAAAAUGAAUACCGAGUUAUAUUGCAUAAGAUGCCUACAAUUGUAAUAUCAAAGUUUUUGAUUAAUUCCAAACUUCUGUUAGAUAUGAUUUUCUUCUUUAAUGAACUUUCCCUCGUAUACUAAAAUAUCAAAUCCAAUUCCUCAUUAAUAUCUCCUAUCACAUCUAUUAAGGUAUUCUCCCAACUUUAGUACGCUUGCCAAACUGUUCUUUUCUGCAUGUUGAAUGUUGCAUUGCGCAAUAGUUUGAUUCCUUUCUCUACCUAGAAGCAAAAAAGAUCAGAUGGAGAAUGGGAAAUGGGGGAAUGGAUUAUGGUCAGAUUAUCCAUGAAAGUCAAUGAGAAGUUUAAGAAACCAAUUCAUUAAUGUCAUAGAAAUAGUAUAUGACAAUAAACAACCGAUUGUCCAGGUUAUUGAAGCAAAGAGGAUCGAUAUGCAUCUUUCCAACAACAUUGAUCUGCGUGCAUGAAACUAUCAAACUGGUUUCAAUCUACUACAAUCACAAGAAAAAGAAAGGGUGGGUGGGGAAUUCAAAGCAGAAAACAUAAAGUGCAGCAACAGCGUUACUAUAAAGUGCAAUUGAUUGCUAGAUCAUGCAAGAGAGAAA